AUGCCCAACGGUCAAGCCAAGGUCACGACCAUUGAGUCUGGUCGCGAGGAAGUGGUGUUGGUUUCGACCGCCUCUUCGCCCCCUCCAGUACCACCACAUCUAAACGAAGCCUGCAACUCCAUGAGCCUUCAGCCCGAUGCACCCAGUGUAUUGCCUCGAGAGUCUUGUCGACGAGUGCUCGUUGAAGUAGUCACCAAGCCGCAGGUGGGCUGCAUUUGA